GGAAGAGAAAUGGCUGCAGUGGAGUCAGUCCAGGAGCCGGUGACCUUUGAGGAGGUGGCUGUGUAUUUCACCAGGGAAGAGUGGGCUCUGCUGGACCCCGCUCAGAGAGCCCUCUACUGGGAUGUCAUGCAGGAGAACUAUGAGACGGUGGUCUUGCUGGGCCAGAGAAUAACAUCCAUGUUUUGCUGCAGAUCAUCUCGUCCUCCCAGGGGCAAGGAAAUGGCUGCAAUGGAGCUGGCUCAGGGGCCGGUGUCCUUCGAUGAGGUGGCUGUGUAUUUCUCCAGGGAAGAGGGGACUCUGCUGGACCCCCCUCAGAGAGCCCUCUACAGGGAUGUCAUGCAGGAGAACUUUGAGACGAUGGUCUUGCUGGGUCAGGAUUCCUGUCCCUUCUGUUCUUGGAAGGGGAAAUGAAGAGUGAAGGUUCAUGCCAUCCCCACAAUGCCAUCUGUACCCUGUCCUGUUUCAGCAUCACCCCAAUA